UUUAUUAAUGUUUCAAAUUAAUUUGACUCGAUUUCAAUUUAAAACUAACUGGCAACUCCUUUGUGUACUAGACACUCGAAGAUUUUAAAAUCUCAAGUUGUGAAAUUGUGAAACCUGUUGGCUAUUAUUAGACAUAUCUGUUUUGCGUUUUAAUGAAAAGUUGGUGAACAAUAAUUAAUGUGAUUUCAGUUGUUUUAUUUAUGUAUAGCCCUUAAAAUUUUUUAUACAGAAAAUUUCAACGUUUCUAUAAGUUGUCUAGUCCAGUGAUGAAUCAACGUUUUGGACGCUUGGCUUUUUAAUGAAAGAAACACGGUGAUCAUGAGAACAAGAACAUGCAGAUAGCUUCAACAAACUUAUGCGCUGUAAACUCGAAAUAUGAUGGCUUCAUCCAAAGGGAACAUUUAUCUGAAGUUCUGGAUUUUGAAAAUCAAAGGAAGUUAAUCGACUUUGCAUGGGGAUCAGAAAUGAUUUCAGAGAACACUUGUCUAAAGUCAUUUAAAAUGAAAGAACACCAAGAAAUAAGCUUUCCAAUUCCAGUUUCAAAACAGAACAUCAGAAUCCUGAAAGAGAUUUCAGAAUGCAGGUUAUCCUCGAGACAUACUUGGGAAAUUGAAGCUUCGAAAAUAUGUGAUUCGACUUUUGAAGAUUUCAAUUUAUCCUCUUUGGUAGUCCACAAUCUUCAACUUCCUGAAGAGAUGAAAGUCACUGCAAAGUGUACCAAAUUGGUCUUGUAUGAUGGCAAGAAAUGCUUUAUUCACAACUUGAGUUCCUGUUGGAUUGGAGGAAAGUUUGGUACUGCAACACUUCAAUUACCUGUUGAAGGAGGACAUGAAGGUGGCAGUUUAAAUGUUCAGUAUGGAGGAAGAAAGAAAAGGUUGGAGAGCCACAAAAGUAGCGACGCAGUUUUCUACCUGUCUGCUUUUUUCGACAGCUGCGAGCAUUUUAUUGAGCCGGUUUUACAAGGUUACAAGUUAGUCCUAGUUUAUGAUCUUCUCUGGACAAACGUAAAGACGGGGAUUCCAAAGGAUUUUCCAGUUUUCCUCGGGGCGAUUAAAAAAAUCAAAGAAUCGCUUGAACCCUGGCUUCGGAAUCAGUUAUUGAAAUCAAAAAUGGAAAAUGAAAAUGGUGAAAAUCCAAAAGAAGAAUUAGAAACUCCAACUACUACUUCCGAAAUUCAUCGAGACUCUUCUGAAGUUAAAAACCAUCUAGAAAAACGGCAAGAUUCUGUAAUUGCAGAGAGAACCUUAACAGAAAAUGUCUUUUUCUUCGUUCUUCAAGAAAGCUAUGACGAACAAAUUCUUUCAUUUGAGCUACUUCGUGGACAGGAUCGCGUCUUCGCUGAUCUUCUGCUGAACUGUGAUUUUCUCGACGUUCACCUAGCAAUGGCAUCACAGUCAAGUUCGACGAACAUCAAUGGGAAAGCCGAAGUACUGGAAGUUACACGUGUAAUUGAUUCCGACGACGUGACUAGAAACUUGAGCAUACAGUUGAAGUGGGAAAAGAACGUUGUUGGACUUAUUAAGUCAGAUCAAGAGAGGAAGGUGUCCAAUGAAAAAUCCGAGAAAGAUAUUGUUAUGUUUGUUAUUCCCAAAAGUGGCAAGAUAAAUUUGCCUUGCGGUGUUUUACUGAUUUGGCCCAAGCAUCAUUCAGUUCAAAUGUAUUGCCGUUAUGGCUUUCAUUCAUUUUUGAUCCGAAUGAGUAAAUCUUUGACGUCACUUGCCAAGUGGAAAGACCAUACCCGAACCGAAGCCAUUGGUGAUUUAAGCCAGUUAAUUUCAUAUUGUUGCGCCGAACCUCGAAAAGUAUGGACGAAAUCGUGAAUGAAGAAAGGUUAAUUGACACUGAAAUUGCUUCAUUUCUGCAUCACCUUGCGUGCCUCUGAAAAGGGUUUUGAUUUAAUGAAAAUUCUGAGUUCUAAUUUUGAUGGAGAUUCUCAAGAUACAGAGAUGUUUGAAGGAAUUCAAACAGAAGAUGUUGCGCAGGCAAUUGCAAAUUUUGAACGUCAAGUCUGCGAUUGGAAUAAGAUUGCCGAACCGAUAAAGGCGAUGGUUACACCCAGCAGAAUAGUCACCCAACUGAUUCCUAUUACGAAGUUGGCAAAAUUCUUUCUAGACUUCGACUGUAUCGAAGGAGGCAAAACAGUGGGCGAAUGUAUCUUGUCCUGGUUCGACGAAAUGGAUCCGAACCUUGCUUGGAAGUCAAAAUAUUGUGACGUAGAAGCUUUUCUUAAUUUGUUGGUGGCAUUGCAGUCUAAUCCUGAGACCUCCAAUCGAACGAGAACAGCAUCGUUCCUUCUCUUCUUCUCCAAGCUACGACCGUUCCUGCAGUUCCAUUUAUUGCUAAAUUUCGAAUCACAGCACGGAUUGCGUCUGAAGACAAUUCAAUCCUGGCAAUUCGUCUAUCGGGAUGCUUGCGAAAUUUUUUCUUUUGCUUCUAACACGAAGAUGCCGCCCAUCAAGUGUAUGGCUGUCGACUUUAUGAAAGCAAUUGAAGUCUGGAUAUCGGAAUUGACCGAAGAAGCUGUGCUGCGUCCCGAACUACAAGAGUCCCUCGAACCAGAAGUUGUCAUCACCGAUCCAGUUCUCGAGCAAUCGGCUGCUGCGUCGGUGUCCAAAAAGUCGGAUGUUCCGCCAGUUGUAUUGAAUCCUGGAAAUAAUUUCGAAAAAAACGAUUGGACUACUGCAUCAGAUGAGUGGACUUCAACAACGUCGACUCAGAUUGUAGCUGCAGCACCGGUGGCAGGUGUAAAAGCUAGGACAUUUAGUACUGAUGAUUGGAGUGGAACAUCAGACUCUCUGACGACGGAUUCAAAACGAAAAGAAUUGGCGCCACGUUCCUGCGCACCAAUUUCGACUGGUGAUUGGAAUGCUUGUGCAGAUGCUUGGACUUCUAGUGGCAAAAUAUCCGGAACCGUGAAUAAAGCAAUACCGAACGAUGACCAAUCUAAUUGGGACGCACCUCGCAAAAUGCCAGCGUCAAGUAAUAGCAAUACGACCUCUGACGACUGGAAUUCUUGGUCUUCGACUGCUCCUAAACCCAAUUGAGUUACUCCAAGUGGAAAUGCCGACUGGUCUUCCGCAGAUGCUUGGGGAUCAACGAAUGACACUUCUAAAGGAAGUAGCCAAUCCGACGCAUGGAGAAAUGCUGAAUCAACUAUUUUCAAUCAACUUUUUUUCUACAGUGCAAUGAAGAAGGUCAUGUGUCCUAUAAUUGUCCAACUGAUCCCAAUCGUGGAAGAGUUGGAAAAAGAGGUGGCACACGUACUUGCUACAAAUGUAAUGAAGAAGGACACUUAUCUUAUUAUUGUUUAACUGGCCCGACUCGAGGAAGAGGUGGCGGAAGAGGUGGUGGUGGUGGUGGAAGCACACGUCCUUGCUUUAAAUGCAACCAAGAAGGGCAUUUCUCUUACAAUUGUCCUAAUCCUUCAACUGGCUGAAGAGGUGCAAGAAAUUCUCCUGCAUCCAGUUACGGUGCACCUAGUUCCUCGGCAUUUGACGAUUGGGGAACAUUAACAGUCACACCAGAUACAAAAUCCUCGAGUUUUGACUCUGGUGAAAAGAAGAAUGAUUGGGGAUCAGCUUCAAACAAAGCCAGCAGUCCAUGGGCCACCGGUGCUAACGCUGCUCCAAGAGGUGCGAGAAAUACUCCAAGAUCCAGUUAUAAUGCACCCAUUGGUAACAGUCAACUUGUAUUGGAUGAUUGGGGUAUAGCGAGCAAUUCAUCUGCUGCACCGCCUGUUACAACAGUUGCUAGUAGUUCAACUGCUGGUAUUCCUGCGACCGAUGAUUGGGGAUCAGCUGCCGAUGCCUGGUCAUCUGUUAAUACCGCGAAAUCUACCACACCACAAGGAAAUAGUAUCGCUGCAAAUUCUGGAGUUGGCAGACGAUACCCCAGUCCCUGUUAUGGAAACAAAGACGGGCAAAGUUUUGUGUGGCCCUUCUGCUCUCAAAGUAGCUAAUGUGGAGCAUAUUGGCUCAAAGAAAAUUCUGCGUAUGCAAUCGUGAAACAAGAAUCUCUACUGGCAUCCCUAACGGCUUCAGCUUCAUCCUUGCAAAUUCCGGGAAGUGGUACAGAAGAUGCAAGAGUCUAAUAAUCAACUUAGAGAAGCGCUGCAGCGGGAGACCAACAAGCCGGUGGGGGAACCUCCCGAGGUCAUUGAUUACCAAAAGAUGUUUACUGAAACCAAAACUUUCUCAAAGACGAUCGAUCUGGAGUUGCGCAAGCUCGACGUUCAGCAGGCUUUACAACACGUGUCUUAUCUCUGCACGUACAUGCCAGACUCAUUCAUGGCCCGUGGAGGGGACUAUCACAGCGUGCAGCAAUUUCUCUUGAUGUCUAGACGGCUCUUCAAAUGCGACAUGCUUACCGCUCAAGUGAAAGAGAAGUUUCCCGGCUCGGCUGGGGAUUUGUCAAACACUCUCAAAUCUCCUGCGGCUGACCUGCUGACCAGUGCAUCUUUGGAGCCAGGAUGCUUCAUUGGCUCUUUUCACUCUAGGGAGUCGGUCACCAGUUCUUGUACGCGCUGAACAGCUGUUCCCGCAGCAGUUUCUCGAGAUGAGAACGCUUCAUUAUCAGGAGAUGCUGCAACAAGAGAAAGCCAUCGAUUUUUACGUGGAACUCUUGCGUAAAGAUCAGCUGGAUGAAAAUGUCCAGUUGGAUGCAUUGGAGAAGGUGGUCAAUUAUUUCAACAGCAUCUACGCCGUCCAGUUCAGCUCGGUCGUUAACGGUGCCGCUUUACUGACCGACCAUGGUAAAGUCCUGCUCGCCUCCUGCUGCGGAUUGACAGCUCUGGGUCCUCUCGGGGCGUUCAGGCAAUGAUGCAGGUAGCGACGUGGCGAAAUCCAUCAAGAAAGUUCUCAGUCAAGCAAACCAACGGCAGCAAUACGCCCGUACUAUUAAGCGACGGUUGCCUCUGCUGAUUAUGCUAGGAAAUUGCCACUUAAUAUUCAACCCCCCCCCCCUUCCUCCCCCCGAAAAAAGGAAUUAUAAAUUAACAGCUGUGUUAACACAACUAGAAUCGUUGUUUUCUUUCCGAAAAGAAUACUCACCAUUAUUCUUCCCCCAUCACACAUAUAUAAUGUAGUCAUGUACAAACCAAAAACAUUCACUCCUCCCGGCCAUUUUUCUCUUUCCUUCUCUCUUUGGUCAGAUGUCAUAAUUAAUUAUGUGUGUUUAUAUUCUUAAUAUAAUUUCACACCUUCAUUGCCAAUUCAAGGAGUGGAGGUCCCUCCCUCAUCGUCAAAUCCUAACACCUGAUUUCAUUUGAUAAAAUUUUUUUUCGUCUCUUCCUUUCUCUUGCCAUGUCGUGAUUGAUUAAUUUUUUUUAUAUAGGGAAGAAGAAAAAACAACCUUUCACUUUUUCGGACAUUCUGUGGGAUGAUAAAAUUAAUACAAUGUAA